AUGAAAGACCCACGCGAUUACCCAAAGGCAUUAUGCGCUCUACAAAUCAGCGAUACCAUUCUUUACCUUACCGCCGCGGUUGUGAUUUACCGUUACACUGGCGAAGAUGUCACCAGUCCUGCCCUUAGCUCUAGCACAAAGCUACUAGAGAAGAUUGCCUAUGGCAUUGCGAUCCCCACUAUCGUGAUUUCUGGGGUCAUCAACGGACACGUUGCUGCUAAAUACAUUUACGUCCGGAUAUUUCGAGGAUCCGAUCAUCUUGGAAGUCGUAGCUGGUAUGCAACUUUUGUCUGGCUUGGGAUUAUCACGGUUCUUUGGGUGGUUGCGUGGAUUAUUGCGAGCGCGGUGCCGAUUUUCAAUAACUUGCUAGGGUUGAUUAGCGCAUUGUUCGUGAGUUGGUUCACUUAUGGUGUAAGUGGGUGGUUUUGGAUCCAUAUGAACAGGGGAAAGCUGUUCUUGAACAAGAAAAAAACCUUCUUGACAAUUGUCAAUGUGGCGAUAAUGUGUAUGGGUGGUACUAUCAUGGUCUGCGGUCUUUACGCUUCCGGGAAAGCAAUCCACGACGAUAAGAGUGGCAAGCCGUUCUCAUGCGCUGAUAACUCCGUAUAG